AUGGCUGCCACACUGCAGGUCUCCCCACGGAUACAGGAAGUCCGUGACCGGGCCAAGCAGGACCCUUCCGCCGCAGCCAACACUUACCAGAAGAUCCUUUCGGAAGGUCCAGGGUCAACAGAAGCAUCAUCACGAGACUAUGAGCAGGCGCUCAUAGGUCUUGGGGAGCUGUAUCGUGAUGCGAAGAAGCCUCAGGACAUCGCAGAUCUUAUCAAGACAAGCCGGGACACCUUCUCGUCAUUUGCCAAGGCAAAGACAGCCAAACUGGUUCGCCAGCUCCUGGACCUCAUUAGUGAAAUCCCCAACACCCUGGACCUCCAAAUCGCCGUCAUUCAGUCAUGCAUAGAAUGGGCAAUCGCGGAGCGCCGAUCGUUCCUUCGACAAAACCUCCAGGCGCGCCUGGUUGCAAUCUACAUGCAGAAGCAGAGCUACUACGAUGCUCUUACUCUCAUCAACUCUCUUCUUCGCGAGUUGAAGCGUUUGGACGACAAGCUCAUGCUGGUUGAGGUGCAACUGCUCGAAUCGCGGACUUAUCAUGCAUUGGGCAACCAGGCCAAAGGCCGGGCCGCCUUGACAGCCGCCCGGACGUCCGCGGCAUCUGUUUACACGCCACCCAAUUUGCAGGCAGGUUUGGAUAUGCAGAGCGGAAUGUUGCAUGCCGAGGACAAGGACUUCACCACCGCGUUCUCGUACUUCAUCGAAGCACUUGAAGGGUACAGCUCGCUCGAUGAGAGUGAGCUGGCAACUGCCUCCCUACAGUACAUGUUGCUCUGUAAGAUCAUGCUCAACUUGGUGGAUGAUGUCACUCAGCUUCUGGGUUCCAAACAGGCUCAGAAGUAUGCAAGCCCUCGUCUGGAAGCUAUGAAGGCAGUUGCACGAGCCCAUGCCAACCGGUCCCUCGAGCAAUACGAAAAGGCCCUUUCAGACUAUCGUUACGAGCUCGGAAGCGACACCUUUAUUCGGAACCACCUGCGACGGCUCUAUGAUGCCAUGCUGGAGCAGAAUCUGAUCAAGGUCAUCGAACCAUUCAGUCGCGUGGAGCUGGAACACAUUGCCAAGAUGGUCGGUCUGGACACCCAGCAGGUGGAGCGGAAACUUUCACAGAUGAUCCUGGAUAAGGUGAUCAUUGGGGUCCUUGAUCAAGGAUCAGGCUGUUUGAUUGUGUACGAUGAAACAGAACGUGAUCAGGCUUACGAUGCCGCACUGGAGACUAUUGAGAAACUCAGUAACGUGGUGGAAGGAUUGUACACUAAUCAGGCAUCGCUUCUGGAGUGA